GUCGUGUGCUACGUUACUCAAAAAUAACGGUUUAUUUUUGUGAAAGAAAAUUCUUCUAACUAAUCCUUAAUUGUCGAAAAAUAGUGAAAAAAUCAUAUGAAACACCUGUGGGCAUUUGAAUGUGAAAGUGUAUUUACGAAAAGCAAAGAAAAUCACCUUGGCCCACCCGGCGUAUGAGUAAUGCGGGGGCCGCAGUGCGUCACCUUUCCGUUUAAUGCAGUUUAAGUGCGAUUUUUGGCAAACAUUACGCAAAUAAAUUAUUGCAAUUAUAUGGCAUUCAAUGAAAAUUACUAAAAAUAUAUCGUGAAUUUCCUUGUGUUUUAUUUUCCGCAUAUACAUAUGUAUGUAUGUUUCUGUGUAUGCAGCAAGUGUGACAAAGGCUCGUGUGCGGGUAACACAAAACCACGCAGAUUUGCAGCGCUGCUCGUUGGUAUCUUUUCUGCCCACUAAUUGGAUUGUUGACAAGCCAAAGCCAAAAUAACAACAACAACAAUCAUUGUAUUACUAGCAAUAUUUACUCAGCACACACUUUGCAUUGGCAUGCAGCCGCAACUGCGUGGAAAGCAUUGACUUAUGCCGUGUGUGCCACGAGUCUAGCCUUACGCUCGGUACGUUUACUUGUAACGGUCGUAAAAAUCAAUCAAUAAGCCAUUGCUGCAACUGCAAAGCUGCAACACACAAUUCAACAACUCCUUACUAGCUUCGCUAGAAAAAAGUCCAACAAAAUAAAUACAAUAUAAACGCGAACGUUUUUGUUGAUCCAUUCGGUCGUUUCGGUUACUGUGACAACAAGCCACAAAGCGCCGCCAAGUCACUAUUACUGUCGUCGCGUGUUGCCCACAAAAAAAAAAAGUCGGAAAAUUGUGUAGAAAUACCACGGUGAAAAUUAAAAGUGCUUGGCAGCCAGUUGUCAUACACCGGAAAUAACGUGAAGUGUGCUAAGCGAAAACCGCAUUAAAAGCAAUUAAAAAGAGUGAAGUGCAACAAAUUUCAUACAAAGUUUUCUACAGUAAUUCGAAUUCGAAACGUGUUUUUCUUUGCAAAUCUUUUGUCCUUGUCGCGAAGCUUAAGAAUUUGCGUUUCUUUUUUUCAAACGACUUUGGGUUGGAUUUACGUCAGCUGUGUGGCGCCUAUUUUAGAUGAGUUUCGUUGGCACAUCAGUACGCUAAUAUUGUACUGUCCAAACAUCUUGGCGACCUCAGCUGCCGUUGCCCAAAGAACUUGACGACGACGCCAGCGACUCCACCGAUGAGCAAAGUGCCGCUGCCGCAGACGCCGCCAAUAUGGAGCGCUCCGCACAGCAUCGCACAACGUCACAUGGCAGCAGCCGAAAAGACAAUACGCUAAGCGGUGCACAAGCUGCGGCGCAACAAACGUCAGCGGCAAGCGCUUCGAAUAAGAAGUGGUCCUUUGGGCGUCUCUUUCGUCGCAAGAAAGAGAUCGCUACGGAGUCGUCCUCCGAAGAGGAUCGUAAAGCUGGUUUUGUGCCACACCAACAAAGGCAGCCACCACGCGUCGCUAGUGGCGCCACUGCCAGUAGUGCUAAUUUGAAAACGAAAUCGAGUAAAACGCAUAAAGUCAGUCGUAGCGGUAAAUUGAAUGGCGCCAGUUUCGAUCAUAUCGUGGUCAGUCCACAAACGUCGGGCGCACCGUCCACACCACCACAUCCACCACCGCCGGCACAUGUAGAUCAUGAAUUCUUUUUGCCCGUGGAGACCAUUUCACCCACCGAGGCGUACUAUCAGAAUCAACAACAACAAUACCUCCAACAUGGCGCACAACCGGCGGCAUAUACGCGCUCCGCCAAUUCACUGGAUCGACGCGCUGCAAGAGCUGCGCUUAAAACGCGCUCAGCGCAACGGCUACCGCAUGAGUCGGCGCCUGGUGCGCACUCCUCCAGUGAAGAGGAGCUGAUAUCGCUGAAUUCAUCGACAUUCUCGAAAUAUCGCAGUGAUGAGAGCAUACAUAGCGGCGGUCAAGGCGCCGCUAAUGCGCAGAACAGCAGGCGUAGUCGCGCCGCGCGCAAUGAACGUUACUACAAACGGUUGUCGCGCGAUGGCGAACCCAGCAGCGGACAGGUGCCGGUGAUGUACGCGCCGCAACCAACACAACGCUGGAAAACGCAGCCGGUGCCGCUGUCCAUUUACAACCCAGCAGCGCAAGCGCCCACCGCCAGCGCUGCAGCCGCCGCCGCCGCCACACCGCGUCUGCGCAAUACAAGCAGUCUGCAACAUGUUGCGCCCUACGUGCAGUGGGGCCAACUGCAGCAACAACCAAAGAACUUGCAAAAUACCGUCAACGAUAGCAAGCGCAGCAUCAGCUAUGACAGUCACAUACAUUUGCAAAAUAUUAAUGGGCGCUUGCAGACCAAACCAUUGCCACCACCGCCGCCGCCGCGUGAUCCGUUGCGGCGCGUUAAUGUCAGCGGACAAAUGCAAAAUGGCAGCGCUGGCGAUUUGCGCCCCAUUUCAUACGCCUUCGACCAAAGCGGUUUGCCAACGUUGCCGGCCACCAAUCAGCGUAUGGGCGGUCGUUGUGUGUCGGACGAUAAAAUUUGGUCGGGUCCAGCGGGACCACACUACCAAUCAGUGCAUUCAUUAAAUACGCCUAGCGCUGGUGUAACGCAACCCAUGCCGCAGGGCACGCCACAUCAUCGUCGCUUUAUAACGCGUGCCGAACGCGACGCGCACCCCGCGAAGAAAUCAUUGCCGAACGGCAUCGAGUUUCAUUAUGUUGCCGAUGCAACACCGCGCUCACGCAAACCCAUACACAUGCUGGAGCCGCAGCUCGAUGCGACGGGCAAUGACGUGGCCACCACGGGUAUCUUACGCACUUCCAAGAGCGGUCUGCCUACUGCGUCGUCCAAACAAAUGCAAGUUAAUGAUUUCUGGAAGCGCCUAGAUGCGAGCACGCAUCAACGCGGACGCGACACGACGCGCGCUUAUGCGCUGGAGAGCAAUGUGAAACCGCGCUCGAUUUCCAGUUCACGUGUGGGCGAAUUGCGCGCCUACCCCAUACCCGUAUACUCGGAAGUGCAGAAGCCAAAUAAGAAACGUACACAAGCAGCGCUGCAACCCGGCGCGGAUGAGGUGGACAGCAUUGUGUGCGGCAGCUUGCAUAUAAAGUCCAAGCCGGACUCAAACUCAAAUUUCGUGGAGAUACGUAAUAAGGAUUACAAUAAGAGCAGCUCAAUGCCCAACCACUAUCAGCGGCGCUCCGGUGAGAUACCCAAUACGCCGAAUAAAUAUGACGAGUAUGUCGCUGAGAAGCGCGAGCAGCAUCACAAACCAAUUUUCACGCCACCAACGCCGCCACAACGUAAACUCUCCAUACCGCCAAGUAACGCGGCGCCUGAACUGCCCAUAUAUUUUCCGCGUAAGAAGCCCGCCAAUUUGGAGGAGGCUAUCAACGAACUCGAAGCGAUCUAUAAGUCACUUGGUCUCACAGAGGAACCGGAGAAGAAGGAGCGCGUACCGACACCAAGCGAAUUCGAAAAGUAUGCUUUGGCGCAUGCGCACGAAUAUGAUGACGAGGAUUCGCCUACCGGCGAACCCGACCCGAUACGCGACGAUGUGGCCUAUCGUAACAUGCAGUUGGCGAAUUUGCAGCACAAGACCGUGGAUAAGCAGCCACCGUUCGGCAUACCUGUUGGCCCGGUUGUUGCCGCGCCGCAAAACGACUAUCUGCAUGUUACGCCAAUUGUAGAGCCCAUUGCAUCGGUGAAUACGCCCGAUAUAGUUAAAGACGAUUUGGCAGUGCGCGCCUUGCGUAAAGACCCACCAGGCGCCAAAGAUAAAUUUAUCUACCCUUACAGCUCAUUUCAGAAGAAGCAUCGCGCUACGCGCACACAGUCCGCCAACAUAUAUAAUCUUAUACACCGCGACGCCGCCAAGCCAUCUGGCGGUGAUCUACACUCUUAUUUGGAAUUGACGCGCAGCCUAGAGCGCGCCGGCAGCAUGUCCGAUCUGCACAAGGAUGCUGGCGCAACGGCCGCGGACGUGCCCACAACACUAGCGCUGCUGCGCAAUCUCAAAGAACAGGACCAACAACAACAACAGCAGUUGACACCACAAAAGAAAGUCGCGAUACCCUUCCGACACCCCAGUCAAGGUGGCGCCAUAUGCGCGCUGCCCGAAAAGCUGCCCACCAGCAGCGCGCACAAAGAGGAAGUGCACAAACAGCCAGUGCCGCUGCCGCGCAAGAGUCUCACACCCGAACCGACCGCAGCGAAUGCGCAAAUGGAGGAUGCGUUGAAUAAAAUCGCAAUGGAUGCACAAGAGAAGUCGGAGAAACUGACAAAAGAGUUGCAGGAGCUGCGCAAGGAAGCGCUCAUAACUGCCGCGCGGCCGAAAGCGGCGAGCGCUGAGGAAGAGCGCCUCGAGAAGGACCUGCAGGAAAUCGAGGCGGUAUCAGAGGCAGCAAAGCGUUGCGGUAAAAUGCUCUUAGACACACUACCGGACGCCAGUGAGAGCACGGUACAAGCGAAACCGCGCAAACUGCACAAAGAGGGCAAACUGAUCGAGGCUAUCGAUCAGGUAUCCGAGGCUGCGAAUGCGGUGUGUGAAAAAAUACUAAAGGAUAUUGUAACCACCGAACCGCCGGUGGUGAUACAGGAGGCAGUGCAGGUGAAGAAUAAGCAGACACCCACUGAAAUGCUCGUUAUGCCAAAUCUUAUCAAAAAACUGGAUCCCAUACAAUCGGAGCAGAUCGAGGCGAUCGCCAAACGUUGCAUGCGCCAGCUGAGCGCGCUGGCCGAUGACAAUCCCGACUAUGACAACCUCAAUCAGGAACUCCAACAGCAGCAGCAGCAGCAAAGCGCAGCCGGAGCCGCCACAGCCGUUGCUUGUAACGUCGAACAUUUAACCAAGGCGUCAGCGGCAAAAGUUGAUAAUCUCAUUUCUACCGUUGCAGAAGUGACGCCCGUGCAGCCAGCUGCGGCGCAGAAGCAGCACACAGACAUUGAGGAGAUCGAUCAAAUUAUGCAAGAAUGCGAGGAGCAAAUGCGCGCCGAAACUAUAAAUUCAUCGACGACUACAGCGCCGCCCCCUAUAGUGUUGUCGGAACGCACUUUGGCCACAACACGUCCGCUGGGCACAGCGAACACGAAAAACAGCAGUGGCGAUGAUCACACCACAGCGCCCAGCAUGACCACAAGCAGUUAUUGCAGCAGCAGUAGCAGCAAUAACGUUGUGGGCGCAGCCAAACCGGGCGCCAGUACGACGGCCUCCUCGUUCUCCUCCUCCAGCGAUUGCCUAGCCAAAUCUUCGAGUCCCUCCGCCGGUCGACGACAAUCUUCGAGCAUUACCUCCUUUAAUCCUUACUCCUCCAGUGAUUAUAUUAAGUCACCAAGUAGUGAAUAUCAUGCACCCAGCACCGAUCCAAUAAAAACGUUCAGUAGCACCUCGUACGAUGUGAAAUCGACUACGAGCGCCGCCACACCGAAUAUAAGCGCCACAACGAACAGCACAUUUAGCUACUCGCCAUCGCCGCCACUCAACCUGACGCCCGUCAGUGAAACUGCCGCCAUCAUUGCCGCCGAAGGUGGUCGCGCGGCGUCAGCUACGCGUCAGUCGCAAGAGCGCACGCGCACACGCUCAUCUUCCUCGCCAUCGCAGUACAACUCCUCCGAAGAGUUGGCUAUGAUUUUCGGUAUUGACGAGCAGCCGCGCCGCCAACGCGCCCAACAACAAGCCAAAGAAAUGCAGUCAGCUACAAAAGUUUCAGGUAAAACCGCAGUUACUAAAUCAGUUCAUGUGCCAAGCGCGCCAUUGACAUCAUCCAGUCAUGCAUCCGCUCUCCAUGCAACCAUGCUCGAUACUGCUACCAACACUACUACCACUACUACUACUACUACUAUUUAUACUACCGCAAAUGCUACCCAGCUGUACACUAAUCCCAAUCUUGUUGCUGUUGCCGAGGCCUGCGAAAACGUGGCGCCCGUUAAUACUAAUAACACAGCGCCUCUGAAUGUUAUUGCUGUUGUCGAUGAUAAUGUUGAAGUUGUUGUUGUUGAUAUUGAUGUUAAAGACACCACUACUACCACCACCACUACCACUAGUAUUAGUACCAUAACAACCAAUAACCCCACUACCAUAGCCAUAAAUACCAACCUCAAAAAUUCAUCCACUAGUUUAAGUCCAAGUAGUUAUAAGCUUGCAUCCAUACCGGAGACUCAAGCGGACGAAUUGUCGGAGUGUACAUCUUCAAAACUCUCGCCCAAUUUUAAUAAGAUCUAUGCUAGUAAAAUAAGUAUUAUCGUCGAUGGUAUGAGAGCUGAGCAGGCGCGCAAUGUUGAGCUCACCGCGCAUUGCGAUACGUCGCUGAGUUCGUGUGAGGAUGAAACUUCGUCCAAUCCGGACUCGGGUAAUGUUAGCUUAGCGGAUUAUCCACUCACGAAUACACAAACGAAUAAUGCCUGCCUGCAGCUGGAAAGCGCCUAUAAUAGUCGGUUUGAGAUUAAGAAAAAGAAAAGAAAUUUCGUUAGUGAGAUAGCCAUAGAGCGCACAGCUGUUGAGUCCAACACGGAGGGUGAGUACAAAAGCAAAACUGAUGCUGAGGAUUUUCCACCGCCACCAAGUGAGGAAGAGUUGCUCGAUAGUUUGUUAGGGGCUAUUAGUGUAGGGGAUGCUGAAAAAGAAACGAUUGAGAGUGUAGAACUUCAGGAUCAGGAAAUUACAAGGGAAAGUACUAAUAGUGGAAUAUUAGAAAGCCAGUUUGAGUUGUUAGAGGUUAAAGAGAACAUGCAAGGAACUUACGAUAGUUUUGAAGCACAAAUAACUGACAAAAACAGUUAUAAAGCAAGUAGCUUGAGUGAAAAUGAUAUGAAAACGGAGAGUAUAGGAGAAUGUGCUUCGAAUGAAUAUUUGCUUGAGUCACAAAACCGUGAAUUACAAAAUUUAGACGAGAGCAUAAUAAGUGAAAAUAGCUUUGAGAGCCAAAAUGAGAAUAUAUUUUUCACGGGUAGUGAGUUGAGUGAAAGUCUGGGUGCAGAAAACGCACUAAAAGAACAUGCUGCUUUUACUGCAGAAGAAAGUAGAACUGAACAACAAAAACCCAAACCCAUUGAGCGAAAAUCCAGAUCAUCUAAAAAGCUCGACGACGCAGAUUUGAUAGAAUUAGCACAACUGGUGAGAAGUAGUAGUGGUUCACGCAGAAAUAGUGAAGCUUCAACAGCGGACACGUACUCUGCAGAUUCUGAAUACAAUUCCGCCGAAGAACUGAAAUGCACCGCAACAGCGUGCAUUAAUGCCGAGCUCGAACAACUGAGAUUAGCAUUCUCCGACAUUUUAGAGCGAAAUCUCACAGAUAUCGAUGAGUUGCCGCGCAUCGAGGAAGAGGAUGAUAUAGUUGCUACGCUGCUUAACCAUGAAGAGAAAGAAGAGAACACAGUUAGCGAACACAUAGAGCUAAACGACGAAAUCCACGAGACACCACGACGAAAACUCAGCGUAGUCUAUGAGACACCAUCACUAAACCUCAAUAUAUCGGAAGUGAAGAUCAGUUAUACGCCAGCAGAUCAGCUUGAAAGCGAAAGUACAACGCAAGAAGCGUUGACACAAUUAACACAAUGCAACGCCGAAGUGAAGCAGCACAAAGCAUUGCCGGAAACGAGGUUAAAGGCUGGUAGUAGUGCAGCGGCGCCAGAUAGUGGGAGCCUGCUGCCAUGGCGGCGCCGGCAUGCUGCGCUGGAGGAAGAUGAGAAACCAUCAACAAGCGCGGCGGCGGCGGUUAAAGCAACUAGUGAGCGUCGCGCGCUCUCAAUAUUCGGCGAAUUGCGUCCAACGGCGGCGGCGACGAGUAGCUUAACGACACUCGAGCACGUGCUCAUGGCUUGUUCGUUGGGCGUUAUCACACCGACAGAUCUGUACACAUUGUGCCUAAUCAUAAUCGGCAUGAUAACCAUAAUAGCCAUUGUUUUGUUUUGAGUCGCAUUGAGUGUUUUGACUCAAAAUCAAUAUUGUUGAGUUUUUCUGUUUUGCUCACUGGUAGUUGUUGUAGUUGUAUAAUGGUGACAACUUAGUUGAAGCGAAAUGUGUUUAUGAAAAGAAAACUUUUGCACACUGUUAAGUUUGGUAGUGUUUGGUAUUAAAUAAACGAAAAUUAGAAAUAAACACCGUUUAAGCAUUUGAGUGACUUUCGAAAUGAGUGGAGUUUAGAGCAUAGUGUAAAACGCACUCACACAUACUUAAGUAUUGUAAAUUUGUUAAUAGAGUUGUAGCGUUAAGUUGACUACCUGCAUACUUAAUAUAAUUUUAAUUAUAAUUUCUGUAUUAAUUAACGAGCAAAACCCAAACGAUUAACGAAAUUAAUGAAAUUUAAUGAUUUUUUCCAAAAUUAAUUUUUAAUUAAAAAAAUUUAUUUUUGGAAACUUUUAGCAAUAAUUCUACUUUAAUAAAAUGGAAUGUAAUUAUUUUUGUUUUUGUAUUUGUAUUUUGAUUUGGAAUUGUCUUUAGUACCGCAUACAACGAAUGCUUUUAUUACAAAAUAUCGUUUCAACAUGCGACGCAUACGAGAUUUAUUGCAACGAAAUUUGCUGACAAAA